AUGCUGUUGGUGAGGCACGGGCUCAUGUUGGUGGGCGAGUCCUUGGGUGGGAAAUCGUCUGCUUAUCAGUGCUUGGCUGCUGCUUUGUCCAUGGCUGCAGAGAAGUACCCAAACAUGGUUUGUGAAGCCAAGGUCACUUAUCGCAUCAUCAAUCCUAAAGCCUUGGAUCUCGGUCAUCUUUACGGCUGCUUUGAGAAAGUUUCCCAUGAAUGGUCUGAUGGAAUUUUGGCGAAUGCCUUCAGGGAAAUGGCAACAACAACAACAUCGGAUCAAUACUGGCUCAUCCUCGACGGACCUGUCGACGCAUUUUGGAUAGAGAACAUGAACACGGUCUUGGACGACAACCGGAAACUGUGUCUCAUGUCCGGAGAAAUCAUCCAGGCAAUUUACACUCGAGAUCCUAUAAUUAUUGUGAAAGUUGACUUUGAGAAUAAUAUCGUUCUAAGAAAGCACGACAUGACGGAUUGGCUCAUUCAGCCCUGCUUGAGUUUCAUUGAAAAAGAGUGCCAAACUUUCGUCCGCACUUCGGACAUCCACCUUGUUCAGUCAUUCACCAGAAUGUUCGAGUGCUUGGUGAUGGAGACUCAUGAGAAUCAACUGGAAACAUUUCACGGCGUCGCAGCGCUGAAUUGGAUGCAGUGUCUUUUUCUGUUCUCUGUUGUUUGGUCCAUGGGAGCCAUUCUGAUUGGAGAAAGUCGACUGAAGUUUGACGAAUUCUUCCGCCAACUCAUCCUCGGAUUCAAUCUAGCCCACCCGAAACCGAAAUCUUUCAAACUCCAGCGAAACCAAUUAUUCCCAGAGACCGGAACAGUAUUUGAUUUUGUAUUCGAAAGGAAAGACGCUGGACACUGGGUUGGUUGGAUAGACACUGUGAACAAGAAGUCUCUUCAAAUUCCUCCGAAUGCAAAGGUGUCAGAGCUGUUGAUCCCGACAGACGAAACCGCGAGACAGCAAUACUUUUUAAAAUUACUCUUGAGUCGCAAAAAGCCGCUGAUUUUCGUCGGCCCGACAGGAACCGGGAAAUCGGCAAUAAUUUCUCAUCACCUCAUGGGUUUGCCCAAGGAUAAAUACUUACCCAACAUCCUGAGUUUCUCAGCUCGCACGACUGCUCCCCAAGCACAAGAUGUCAUCAUGAAUAAACUGGACAGACGAAGAAAAGGAGUUUUUGGUCCACCGAUGGGAAAAACGUGUGUUCUGUUCAUCGAUGAUCUGAACAUGCCACAAAAAGAAGAGUUCGGGUCGCAGCCACCAAUUGAGCUUCUGAGACAGUGGAUAGAUCAUGGGUAUUGGUACGAAAGGAAGGAAACAACUCGACUCGAAAUCAUUGAUACGUUGCUAGUCGCCGCCAUGUGUCCUGCUGCGACCGGCGGCAAAAACGACGUCACUUUCAGGUUCCUCCGCCACUUGAACGUGAUCGGCAUGGAAGCAUUCGACGAUGCCAACCUGACCAAAAUAUUUGGCUCGAUCCUCGACUGGCAUUUCACCAAGGGGUUCGAGUUGGGCGUGGUUCGGAUGGCCAAAGCCGUCACCGGCGCCACACUCGAGAUCUACAAGGCCGCCAUGCGACACUUCCGACCGACCCCGGCGAAAUCUCACUAUUUGUUCAAUUUGCGAGACUUUUCCCGCGUUAUUCGCGGCAUUCUCUUGGUGCCGUCCACGCAUUUGAACGACUCUGGAAAGCUCAUACGACUUUGGGCACAUGAAGUCACCCGGAGUUUCUAUGACCGAUUGAAUGAUGCAAACGACAGGGUUCAGUUUGUAGAAUUGUUGAAGGAUUCGUGUCAGAACAAUUUCAAACAAACCUUGGAUAGAGCCGUUUUGGGAGCUGCACAAGCUACUAGUUCUGGCAGAUCGACGGUUGUGGACGAAAAUCACGUGAAGAAAAUUAUGUUUGGAGAUUAUUUCUAUCCGGACGCCGACACCCGCGUUUACGACGAGAUCGCCAACACGGAUAAGUUGACAUCCGUGAUGGAAAGCUAUUUGAACGAAUACAAUAUGGUAUCCAAGACUCCGAUGUCGAUCGUCAUGUUCCAGUUCGCCACAGAUCAUGUAUCUCGAUUAUGCCGCGUUCUCAAACAAGAUUCCGGACACGCAUUGCUCAUUGGAAUGGGUGGAUCCGGAAGGCAAAGUUGCUGCAAGCUGGCAGCCUUUAUUGCCGGUUACGAACUGUGUCAGUUGGAAAUGAGUAGGAAUUAUGGCUUGGAGCAAUGGCGAGAUGAUCUCAAAAAGAUUCUCAUGAAGGCCGGCGGCGAAGGAAAACCGACAGUGUUUCUCUUCACCGACUCGCAAAUCAAGGAUGAAUCCUUCGUCGAGGACAUAAAUCUUUUGCUAAACACAGGAGAUAUUCCGAACUUGUAUCAAGCUGACGAAAGAGCCGAGAUUCUUGAACGAAUGCAAGCGGCUGCUAGGGAACAAGGCCGGAAAAUCGACCCUUCUCCGCUUUCAUUGUACAAUUUCUUUGUGGAAAGAGUCAAAAGGAACUUGCACAUUUUUAUUGUCAUGUCACCCAUCGGAGAAGCGUUUAGAGUCCGUUUGCGCAUGUUUCCGUCUCUCAUCAACUGCUGCACCAUCGAUUGGUUCACCCCUUGGCCGGAAGAAGCUUUGGAAAGGGUAGCAAACAAAUUCCUGUCGGAAGUUGACCUUGAUGACGAAAUACGAACAAAAUGCGUGCAAAUGUGCAACAAGUUCCAUCAGAGCGUCGUAGUAAUGUCGGAGGAAUUCCGGAAGGCUCUGGGUCGCCCGAAUUACGUCACUCCCACAUCAUUUCUAGAGCUGAUCCUAACCUUCAAGAACCUACUGAACGUGAAACGGAAUCAAUUACUGGUUUUACGGAGUCGAUACGUCACUGGAUUGCAGAGACUCGAAUACGCCACCUCGCAGAUAUCCGUUAUGCAAGAAAGGGAAACUGCUUUGCGUCCACAAUUGAUGCAAUUGUCUGCAGAAACUGAGAAGUUGAUGAUCAAAAUCGAGAAGGACACUGUCAAUGUGGAAAGUCAAAAAGAGGUGGUUGCAGCAGACGAAGCGGCGUCAAACGAAGCCGCAGCAGCAGCUCAGGCCAUCAAGGACGAUUGCGAGAACGAGUUGGCCGAGGCUCUGCCUGCACUCAAUGCCGCCGUUUCCGCACUCAACACGCUGAAACCCGCCGACAUCACGCUCGUGAAAGCCAUGAAGAACCCUCCAGGAGGCGUGAAACUCGUCAUGGAAGCCGUGUGCGUCAUGUUGGAUCGUAAGCCCGAGAAGAAAGCGGAUCCCGCUGUCCUUGGCAAGUACAUCGACGACUGGUGGACCACUUCGCAAAAGGUCCUGGGCGACCUUCGAUUCCUGGACACCCUGCGAUCCUAUGACAAGGAUAACAUUCUUCCGCACAUCAUGGCGAAGAUCCGAGAGAAGUACAUCCUCAACCCGGAUUUCGACCCGGAAGUCAUAAAAGACGUGAGCAGAGCCUGCGUGAACCUGUGCAAAUGGGUGCGGGCAAUGGAAGUGUAUGACAGGGUCAAUAAAAUCGUGGCUCCCAAGAAAGAACGGCUUCAAGGUGCAGAACGAGAGCUUGAAGCUCAGAUGGCGAAUAUCAAGCGGAAGAAGGAGCUGGAGGAUGAAUUGUCACUCUGCUCUCAGAAACUGGAUCGUGCCGAGAAGCUAAUUGAUGGUCUCGGAGGAGAAAAGGAGAGAUGGAGUCAAUGUGCAGAAGAGCUUGGAAAUAGGUACACUAAUAUAACUGGAGACGUGAUGGUGUCAGCAGCGAUUAUUGCGUAUUUGGGACCAUUCACGGCGGAUUUCCGGCGGGAUUGUGUGACGAAAUGGGCCCAGGAUUGCGUGGACGCUGGUAUCCCGUGCUCAGUUCCCUUUUCCCUCAGCGCCACGAUGGGGGACUCUGUCAAAAUCCGGGCUUGGCACAUGAACGGACUUCCGGUCGACUCAUUUUCAAUCGACAAUGCCAUCAUCGUCACUAAUGCUCGUCGCUGGCCUCUGAUGAUUGAUCCACAGGGACAAGCAAACAAGUGGAUAAGGAACGCUGAGAAGGACAAUGGUAUUGCGGUGCUGAAGUUGUCGGAUCCGGGGUAUUUGAGAACCUUGGAAACUGCUGUGCAAUUCGGUCGUCCAGUGCUUCUGGAAAAUGUUGGGGAAGAACUUGAUCCUGCUCUAGAACCUCUACUGUCCAGGCAAACCAUCAAAUCCGGUGGCGUGGAUUACAUCAAACUCGGAGAGCAACUUAUCGAAUUCAACCCGGAAUUCCGAUUGUACAUGACGACGAGGAUGAGGAAUCCUCAUUUCGUCCCGGAAAUCUCGGUGAAAGUUACUGUGUUGAAUUUCAUGCUGACAUCUGUUGGAUUGGAAGAUCAAUUGCUCGGUAUCGUUGCUGCGAGAGAGAGACCACAGCUAGAAACUCGCAAGAAUCAACUGAUUGUCGAAGGUGCCGAAAAUAAACGAAAACUAAAGGAAUUGGAGGAUCGAAUUCUGGAGGUCCUGGCUGCAGAAGGCAAUAUUUUGGACGACGAGACCGGAAUCCAAGUUUUAUCUUCUUCGAAGCUUUUGUCGGAGGAGAUAAAGAAGAAGGAGUUGGUGAUUGCAGCGACAGAGAACGAAAUUGAUUCGACCCGAAAUCAAUACAAACCCGUUGCCACUCAUUCUUCGAGAUUGUUCUUUUGCAUUUCGGAGCUCGCCAACAUCGACCCUAUGUACCAAUAUUCCUUGGCCUGGUUUGUCCGGCUGUACGAACAGGCAAUCGUUGGCAGUACGAAAUCCGAGGACAUUCAGGAAAGGGUUACAUUUUUGAAUGACCAUUUCACCUACAGCGUGUACAAGAACGUGUGUCGAUCCUUGUUUGAAAAGGACAAGCUGUUGUUUGCUUUCCUCCUAUGCAUCUCUGUGCAACGCGAAAAAGGUGCUCUGCAUGAAGACUUGUUGCAGUUUCUGUUUGCUGGCUCCGUCGCACUGGAGAACCCGUAUUCGAACCCGGGUUGUGGUUGGCUAAACGAGAGAGCCUGGUCUGAUAUUGUGCAGGCGUCAGCACACAAGGAGUUGCAUGGAUUACGAGAAAGUUUCGACAGACACACCGAAGGAUGGAAACGAGUGUAUGAUGCGUUGGAACCGAACACAGUUCCUUUUCCCGGCGUUUUCUCCACUGCGAAUGCCAUGCAAAAACUUGUCAUUUUGAAGUGCCUCCGACCUGACAAACUCAUUCCUGCUGUUCAAGAUUUCAUCGUGGAAAACAUGGGUGCGACUUAUGUGGAACCUCCUGCGUUCGACUUGGCCGGUUCUUUCGUGGACUCAUCUCAUAGAUCGCCGAUCAUUUUCGUUCUUUCACCCGGAGCUGAUCCGAUGGCUGCGUUGGUCAAGUUUGCGGAUAUCAAAGGAAUGACGGACAAACUGAAGAGCAUAUCUUUGGGUCAAGGACAGGCGAGUUGUUCUCUGGGGUUUGAUCGCAAAAAUCGGCGCGAUGUCGAAAUAUUGCGUCACUUGAACGGCCCGAUUGCUGCCGAACUGAUUGAAGAAGGAGUUGUGGAGGGCGGUUGGGUAGUUUUGCAAAAUUGUCACUUGGCUGCGAGCUGGAUGCCAGAUCUGGAAAGGCUCUGCGAAGACGUGGUCAAUACUGACAAGACGAAUGCCGAAUUCCGCCUGUGGUUAACUUCAUAUCCGUCAAUCCAUUUCCCGGUCUCCAUUCUCCAAAACGGUGUGAAAAUGACAAAUGAGGCGCCGAAGGGACUCAAAGCCAAUCUCUUGCGUUCUUACGCGAACCCGCCAAUUUGCGACGCCGAGUUCUACUCUUCCUGCAAGAAGGACGCCGCGUGGCAGAGGCUCCUGUUUGGGCUCUGCUUCUUCCACGCCCUGGCGCAAGAAAGGCGCCACUUUGGGCCCCUGGGCUGGAACGUGUCGUACGAGUUCAAUGACAGUGACCUACGGAUCUCUGUAGCCCAACUCAAGCUCUUCCUAGACGAAUACGAUGAUGUUCCGUUCAGUGCUCUGUUGUACCUCACGGGGGAGUGUAAUUAUGGUGGCAGAGUGACUGAUGAUAAGGACAGACGGUUGCUCAUGUCCCUCUUGUCACUGGUCUACUGUCCCAAAAUCAUCCAAACUGACAGGUACAAUUUAACCGGCGGAGGCGACUAUUACUGCCCACCAGUGAAGACUUACGAUGAGUUCGUCAGCCACAUCAGAGCGUUGCCAAUGACUAGCAGCCCAGAAGCGUUUGGUCUGCACGACAAUGCCAACAUUACCAAGGAAAACCAGGAAACGUCCGAGGCGAGAAUGACUUUGUUGAAAGGUCUGUUGCUGACCCAACCACAAAGACUGACUCCGGCCAGUACAGAGAAAAAUGGGGUCAAAUCUCCUGGAGAAAUGGUUCUAGAGCUUGCUGAAGACAUCUUAGCCAGACUGCCUGAACCCUUUGACCUGGCAGGGGUUGAGUCAAAGUACCCAAUCCAGUAUGAAGAUUCUAUGAACACUGUCCUUAGACAGGAGGUUGCCAAGUAUAACAGACUCUUGAAAGAGGUCAAGAGCAGCUUGGAGCAAGUGUGCAGUGCAGUUCAAGGCCUGAUCAUCAUGUCUGUGGAACUGGAGAAUCUGCACAAUAGCCUUUUGCUCGGAAAAAUCCCAGGAUCUUGGAAAUCUAAGGCUUAUCCUUCCCGCAAACCCCUGGGAUCGUUCAUCGGCGAUUUUUUGCUACGUCUCCGGUUUUUCCAAUCCUGGAUUGACCACGGUUCGCCGAAAGUUUUCUGGAUUUCGGCUUUUUUCUUUGCUCCUUCCUUCCUAACCGGAACUUUGCAGAAUUUCGCGAGGAAAUACAACGCACCGAUUGACAGACUCGUGUUCCGGUUCAGCAUCACUGACAAGAAAAUGGAUCCGACUCACAGUUGUUCUGUUGAUCCCGACCUGCACGGCUUGUUUCUCGAGGGAGCCAGAUGGGACUGGCAAGAGAAGGUACUUGCGGAGUCGGAACCCAAGGUCUUGUAUGACCCGUUGCCCAUCAUCGGCCUGCACCCAUACGAGAGGAAACUCGAUGAAACUGAAGACGUCUUUGUGGUUCUACCAUCCUACUACGAAAUACUUACGGGACAAAUAGCCUGA